CCUCCCUCCUACUCCCUUUCUUGUCCUCUAUGGCCUCCUCUCCCUGGUCCUCCGAGGUGUGUGCCCACGCCUGCUGUCACCGUGGCGACCAUUCACCACAAGCAGAUGCAGAAGCACGUGUCCAUGGAGCUCUCCACCGCCCACAUGCACACCUUCUCCACAACCAAGAUCACAGGCACAGAAGUUGUGUUGAAAAAGUCCUCAAGCACUGUAGAGUUCUUCAGCCUGGUGACCUGGAGUUCUGACACCCCGGCAGGAGAAGUCCCAGAGUUCGUGGAGAAGCCUCAACCGGUCACUGCAACUGAGGGGGAUAAAGCCGUGUUCCAAGCCCAGGUGCAGGGGAACCCCAAGCCCAGCAUGUCCUGGGGGAGAGAGAGUGGCAUUCCCGUCAAGGAGUCUGCAAUCUACAACAGCAUUAACGAGGAGCGUGUGCUGAAGCUGUGGGAGCCACUGACCUCGGAUAACUAGAGGUGCAUUGCAACAAUACAUGCAGACACCAUCUAAACCGUGUUUUUGCUGGUGGCAGAGUGUCAAGAUAAAAUGGAUUUCUAAAAGAUGUUGAAGAAGAGGGUACCCCCUGCUCCCAAGAAGCAGCAGCAGAAGGAGGAUGAGAAAGAGAUGCUGGAGAUUUUGUCCAAGUUGCCCAAGAAGGACUUUGAGAAGGUCUGCAUGGAAUAUGGUUUCACUGACUUUCAGGGUCUGCUCAAAAAGUUCAAAGAAAUGAAGAAAGUGGAGGUGGAGACCACCCGGAUUCUGAAGCCCCUGGAAGACAGAGAGGCCAAGAUUGACACCACAGUGGUCUUUGACUUCAUCAUGGAGCUGAAGGACCCCAAUGUCGAUGUGAUAUGGAUGAAGUGCGGGGGUAAUGAACCACUGGGGAUCCAGUACUCUCUGGGCAAGUAUGAUGUGAAGCAGAUGGGCACCAAGCACAUGCUGGUUAUUACCAAUGUGAACUUGAAUGAUGCAGGUGCCUACAGCCCAUCCAUGGGUGACAACUGGAUGAGAGUAGAGCUCACAGUGCUCAAUGAGCCGCUGAAGUUCACGGGAGAGAUGAAGCCAAUGAAGGUCACAGAGCACCAGACAGCUGUGUUUGAGAUCCGCCUCCCCAAGAAAGUGCCCAGCUUUGUGUGGAAGUUCAAUGGGAAGGAGCUGAAGAGGGAUGAAAAAUAUGACAUCACAGUGUCUGAGGAUGGCCUGACGCAUAUACUUAAGGCUAAGGAUGCCAGACUCAGCAACAACGGGGAGUUCUCUGCCGUGGUGGGGGAGCUGGUGCAGAAGGCCCAGCUCACUAUUGCCCGCAUCCCCAUCAAGUUUGUGAGAACCCUCAAGAAUGUACGUGUGAAAGAGAGGAGCCAAGCAUGCCUAGAGUGUGAGCUGACAUCCAAGGAUGUGACACUGUCCUGGAAGAAGAAUGGGCAGCGGCUGGAGUUUGGCACAAAGUACAGCAUGAUCCAUGAGGGCAAGCAAGCAGAGCUGGUCAUUGAGGAUGCCCAGCUCACUGAGAGUGGUGAGCACGCCGUAGGGGCCAUGCAGGAUGGGAACCCCACUGAAUACUGCAGAACUGCCGUGGUCACCGGGGAAGAGCAUCUGGCCACAGUGAAGAGUGGGAUGUCCGAUGUGCACGUGGCUACUGGGAGCCUGACUGAGCUGUACAUAGUGCUGAACAACGAGAAGGUGGAGGGCAUGUGGCUGAAGGGUGGCAAGGAGAUCCGAGACUUGCCUGGCAUGCAGAUUGUGAAGCAGGGUGCGGUGCACAUGCUCAUCUUCCUCAGUAUGGGCCCCGAACAUCAGGGCAAGUAAUUCUGGGCCAAGGGCGUGGAAAGCAAAGCCUCCGUAUUCAUUGCAGAUCCUCCUACCAUCAACCCAUCAAUACUGGAGGCACUGGCACUGCACCCCAUGACCAUGCAGGUGAGCGACACGGCGAACAUCGAGGUGCCCUUCCGAGCAAAGCCACUGUCCAAAGUGACGUGGUACAAGGACGGUGUGGAGGUGACAGAGGAGGAACAUGUGUCCAUGGAGGGUGGGGAAGAUGAAGCGCCACUCAUCAUUUCAGACUGCAUGUGUGAGGACAGCAGCCUCGUUCUGCUCAAACUCGAGAAUGACCAUGGCAGAGCCACGGCCACUUUGUACCUCAGUGUGCUGGACCAUCCCAAGCCUUCCCAGGGCCAGGUAGAGUUCCUGGAGCUCCUGGGUAGUUCUGUGCAUACGAAAUAGAAGGCUCCAAAGGACAAUGGCGGGUGACCUGUAACGCAGUUCACAGUGGAACGGAGGGUGGUCGGCAAGAAGUCCUAUAUCAAGAUAGGAGAGGUGGGCAGCAAAGUCACUGAGAUCUCCAUCAACAAGGUAGGAGGAGGAAAACCCUAUCAGUUUUGUAUCCUGGCCAUCAAUUCGGAAGGAGUGAGUGACCUGCUGGAGACAGAUGAAGUGUUUGCAGGAAAUCCUAUCGAGCCUCCUGGUCUUGCCUCCCAUCCCCAAGUGGUUGAUAUGACCAAAGAGGCUGUGACCAUCAUGUGGAAUGCCCCCACUCAGGAUGGGGGAGCCCCAGUGCUUGACUGCAUUGUGCAAUGGAGAAAGAAUGGCAGUAUAUGGGUGCCAGUCCACAAGGACCCCAUCCAGGAUGCCAAGUAUACCAUGGACAGUCUCCUGGAGGACACAGAAAAUAAAUUCUGAGUUGUAGCUGUGAAUAAGGCAGGCCCCAGACAGCCCAGUAUAUCAUCCAACUCAGUGGGAGCCAAGAACCCUGUCAAACCCCCAGGAUUGGUCCGGGACCUGCACGUGUCUGAUUCCUCCAACUCCAGUUUCUCCCUGAUCUGGCGGGAGCCUGCAGGGAGAGACCCACCCUCCAGCUACAUCCUUGAGAUGCAGGCCAAAGACAAGGAGUGGUCCAAGUGCGCAAAGAUCUCCAUCUUGGGCACCUGCUACACGGUGGGAGGCCUCACUGAGAGGUGGAAAUUCUUCUUCUGAAUCCGGGCUGUGAAUAAGGCUGGAGUCAGGGAGCAGGACAAGGGGGUCCGUGCCAUGCAACCAGCAUGAGCCCCCAAGUUUGACCUCAGGAAGAAUCACGUGGUGGUUCGGGCUGGGACAGCCCUCUGCAUCCAUGCUGCCUUCCAGGGCUCACAACCACCCAACAUGAUCUGGCAGAAAGAUGGCACCCCUACCAAGGGCCAGGAAAGCAUCACCAAGAGCAAAAACUACUCCCAGUUCCUCCUCAACAGCACCAAGCACUCUGACUUAGGGGUGUACCGCAUCUUGCUCCAGAAUGAGCUUGGAGAAGCAUACUAUGACAUCCAUUGCAUGUGGCAGGUACGACAGUGGGCAGAGGCCUCAGGGAGGGCAUAUGAAAAGUAUGGCCAGCAGAGCAAGCAGAGAAUAGCUGUUGAUUUUCGGCAGCAACCCACAAACCUACAGCUGUUUGAGGAGGUCCCUAACACGGUGACUCCGACCUGGAACCACAGCCCCAACGUGCAGGAGGGCGGUGAGGCGCACUAUGUCAUCAUGAAGGACUCGAGCACUGCCACCUGGUUCACAGCGACCCAGCGUGCGUUCCGCAACAAGUACACCAUGACAGGGUUGCUCCGCAGGAAGUACUGCUUCCGAGUUGUGGCCCUUGACAGUGAUCCGCUGGACUCCAAGGAUACGUGGCUCGUCAACAAGGACAAGAACGAGGACCUGAGCGCCCCUCUGAAGCCCUACCAGCAGGACUGGAGCCACUCGCCGCGCUCUCUGACCCCGCUCAAGCCGCACGUCGCGCUGCGCGGCGAGGACCGCACCACGACUUGCGCCUUCUUUGGGAACCCGCGGCCCGCAGCGACCGUCUACAAGGGCGACGCCAACAUCACGGCCAACUCCAAGUGCAGAGUGUGCACGAUCUUCAUCCCCACCUGCACGCUCCAGGAGGGCGGCGAGUAAAGCGUGCCGGUGGACAACGAGCGGGGCAAGCCCCACAGGAACUGCACGCUGUCUAUUUCAGACAAAGAUGACACGUCAGUUCUAGCAUCUGUCACUGAGAGUCUGCAGAAGAACUCAAAGUACCUUAUGUGA